CAAGCACAAAGCAUCCAUCAUCUGCUGCAAAGAACCCCGUGUUCAUUAGAGAAGACAUAGACUUCGACAGCCAUAAUAGAUGAGAGCGCCCCCAGUCUCGUUUUAUUCAAACACGCAUCGAUGAUCAGAGCAUGACGUGCCCAUAAUCUCUAAGGACGAGCAAGUACGCCAUUGUUAAGAACCGCAUUCGCAGGAUAUGGCUGUCCCUGAAGAAUCGGCAGUCGAAUAUGCAAAUAGACGGCUUCGCGACUUGCUGGAAAAGGCGGCGCGACUCAAGACAACGACGGAUAUAGACCCGCCGCUUCCUCCAGCAGAAUUUCAAGGAGAACUGGGACUUUCACCUCCUCCCGAUACAGCUCGACCUUAUUAUUUAGCAGCAGCCGAAGAUGCAGCUCGACGUGUCUAUCAGAAUCGGGCAGCCUCUACUCGGAUCCAAGAUCCAGAUUUUGUGGAGAUUUGGAAUCUUUUUGACAUCCUAAGUGUCUGUGGCGAUCAAGAACAAUGCGAUCCAUGCCUCGUAUGGUGGCUCAUUGAAGAGCUCCUCGAGACGCAAAGCAUUGACGGUUGCCGAAUUAUCUUUGAUUAUUUGGAGUCUCGCCGGGAGCGGUUGGUUGCCAAUCACUUCGAGAAGAAGAACCUCGUUAUUCUGAGAGCCUUCAAUGAGCUUCUCCGGCGUUUGUCAAGGGCAGAAGAGGCCGUUUUCUGUGGCAGGGUCUUCGUGUUUCUUUUCCAGUCAUUUCCACUAGGCGCACGUAGCUCAGUCAACUUGAAGGGCGACUUCCAUAAGGAAAACCUCACUACAUUCGAGGCUGAAUCGCAGACUGAGGCCGCAAAAGAUGACGAGGGUACCGAAGCAAUGUCUGGUGUUGAAACUGCGAACGGUGGUGAAUCUGGAUCCAAAGCUGACGCGGCGAAGUCCGCAUUAUCUACAGAGAGCGGUUUAUAUCCUGCGUUCUGGACCAUGCAGCAAGCAUUUUCAAAUCCACCGGAAUAUUUUUUCAAGCAGAACCGGAUGGAAGAGUUCAGGAAUACACUCGAAGCGACGAUUGCGAAGUUCAGGGAAGUACCAAAGGUCAAUCAAGCAGCAGCUGACAGCCGGGGCGCAAAGAGGGGUGAUAUUGAGGUCGAUGGCCAAGACGAAUUCGCCAACACAUUCAAUCCGAAAUAUCUUACCAGUCGAGAACUUUUUGCACUUGAGCUGAGCGAUCUUGCGUUCCAAAGACACAUCCUCGUACAAGCAUUGAUCCUGCUUGACUUCCUAUUGUCUCUUACUGAAAAGUCAAAGAAAAAGUUGUCGAGUUUUCCCAACAAGUCUUUGCAUUUUGACUACACACUCCCCCAGUCUGAUGCAGACUGGGCGCAGAAUAUCAGGAAGAACAUUUCACAGUAUCUUACAGAUGGUCAGCUGGGUGGUGAUCAAGAAGGGAAGUAUUACAAUCGCAUGGUGGAAACGGUGUUGUCCAGAGACAAAAAUUGGGUGCGAUGGAAGCUUGAGUUUUGUAACCAGAUCAGGCAACCGCCGGUGCACUCAGAUGACUUCAACGCCGCACAAAACGGAGCCAAGCGGCUCUCUACAUCUACAAAGUUGAAAGCUCAGCCCAUGGGUGCGCUUGACCUUGGCUUCCUACGAGAAGCAAACGUGAACGAAAACGAAGACUCUCAAAGUCAUCCUCAUAAGUCUGAUCUUCCGGAUGCAUACAGUCUAGUUCGGGAUGUGCAAAACGUGGAUCUGGACAUCGAUAUGGCAGCCACGGAUGAGGAAAAGAAAGACCUCGAGGAUCAGAAGAUGAGUAAAACGUGGCGAGCGCUUCGACUCAUGUCCAAAACGAAAUUAGGUCUUUUUGACAAGGUCGACGACGGAAAUAAUUUAGAGUGCUUCAUCCAGCCGAAGGAGGAUCCGAUGGAAGUGGUCGAGCAGGCUGGCGAUGAUGGAGAGGGGGGCCACGAAGAGACGCAGAAGCUGCUUGACAAUGCGAUGGAAACGGAUGACAAGGUUUCAGCAGCCCCUACGCCUUCAGGAGAAGCCUGACAGAGUGAAGGCGGAAUUGUUGAGCUUCUGCUCUGUCAAGUUCGGAUGACCGACUUGGCGUGGCUCUGUCAUAUGAACGUAGCCUGUAGAAAUGACAUCCCGCGGUAUUUAGCGAGGAAGACUCUCUGGAUUCAGAUGAUGCCGCUGCGGAAAAAGUUCGUUGUAUGUUUCGUGUAUCAUACACAGCCAUGCGGGCAAGCAUGACUAAGGUUUGCGUUGAAGCAGACAUUUUCAACCCGGCAGGAAAUCAGGCUGGUUGCCUAUGACCAUCCGACCUCGAUGAUAUGCAUCUUAUCCCGACCCAGCACGUAUACAGCAUGCAUCUGCCGGCUGAGGUGACGGCUAAAAUUGCAGUACUCGUCUCCUGUUUGCAGAGGAAUUGGUCUGUGGGGCACGCCCACUGUCAGUGCUGCUGCAGUCCACGCAGCUACGAACUUUUGCUUUGCUUCGAGACAGACACAGCACGGCCAGAUGGAGAUUUUGAAGGGGAAAAAAAAUAAAGAGACAAUCG